AUGGCGUUCUGUGAAAUCAGUGUGGUGUUUUUGGCACUGAUUUCUUGCAGCUCUGCAUACUAUUGUACACUGAUACCUCGCCAGUUGUGCCAGCUUGGAAGUUUCUGCACUUCAGGGAUUUUGGUACCAGGUGUAUUCUGGUGUCCCUCUACCAUGGUUUGCUGUAAACAGCAACCAGAUAUAGACGAAUGCGCGGGUAACACUCACACCUGUGCCGGAAGCUCGGUUUGUAGGAACAUACCCAGCUCCUUCCAGUGCACGUGUUCGCCUGGAUUCCAGUACACUGGGGUUACGUGUGUAGAUAUUGACGAAUGUGCGACCGGGACUCAUAAUUGCGGCCUUAUGAGCACAUGCACCAACAACGCGGGGUCAUACACGUGCAACUGUGGACCGGGUUACUAUUCAAGCGGAACGCAAUGCAUUGAAUAUGCCUGCGGUGUGGUUGGUCCACUUCGGCGUGUGAACAACGGGCAGAACGCAGCCCCGUGCGCCUGGCCCUGGCAACUGUCUAUACGACGGAAUACAGUGAAGCCAAAUCCACCGAGUCUUUUGACUUCUUUCCAUGACUGCGCAGGGACGUUGCUAAGUCCGUACUGGUUCUUGACAACACCCGAGUGCAUUCUCUAUUCUGCGAAAUACAAGGUCACCUCAAACCCCCAGACUGAGGCGUUUGUCGUCGCCGGGGACAACAACAUUAACAUCGACGAAGGCAUCGAGCAGAUCCUGACGAUCAGCAAGAUAUUCAUUCACCCCGACUACCCCAACGUGAACUCUUACGAGGAACUGACCAACUACUUCGGACGGUUUUCUAACACCUCAAAACAAGCGAACGCCUUUGCCUUAGUGAAACUUUCCACCCCGGCUGUGUACAGUGACUGUGUAAAGCAUAUUUGCCUUCCCGAGCCAGAUGAGAAAUUCUGUGAGCAACCAUGCGCAGUAACUGGCUGGGGGUACGACAGUUCAUUCUCGUAUGUCAGUCCACUACAAGAAGCCUACAUGACGGUCUUCACGGCGGACACGUGCAAAGCGUUUGACCUCACCAUACUCGAGAGUUUGACCGAGGUACACCCGGAAAAAACCAUCUGUGCAGCAAGUACUAAUAACGUCUGGCCAUGUCUGGGUGACGACGGCGGGCCUAUCUCGUGUAAAGAGGGUAACCAGUACGUACUGCGCGGGACAUACAGCUACCCCGACAACUGCGGGGACAUGGUCAAGGGCAUCAGCCUCCUGUCAAUAGGUGACGUCAGCAAAGUCGUCACGUGGAUUAAAACAACCAUGAUGUCAAACUAAAUCUCCAGUUUCCCCGGCUCGGUUAUUUGUGGUUAUAAAGGAGAGGCUCUCCUUUUUAACGUAUUUUUAUGCUUUCUGUGACUUAGUUUUUAUUUUUAUAAAUCAGAGUUUCAAAUAAAAUUGCUUUAUUAAUGUAAAAAGAAAAAUUAAACAGCAAAGAGAAUGUGUAUCAGUAAAAUGAAGAAGAAUAAGAAAACUACAUAUGUAAUAAUAUUGAUAAUAUAUAUAUUAUAAACAUUUAAAAUCCCAAGCUUUAUUUAAGAGUGAAACGAAAUUUGCUAUUUUCUUUCAUGUACUAUCAAUACAAUUUUCAUUGAAUCUAAAGGUAUAAGGAUAUGUACUUUUUCUGUGUUGAAAAAUAUAUAUUAAAAAAGCAU